CGCAGCUCGGUUGCCAUGGGGAUGAGGGUAGAGGCUCUCGCGAGAGGAGCGGCGGCCAAUGGGCGAGCGAGACGGAGCGGAAGACGGGCGAGCGGGGCCUUGUUGUUGGCUGUGGCGGCCGGGGCGUUGAGGAUGAAGGAAGGCAAAGAGAACGCCAGGCCCAAAGAGAAGCGCGGCGCAGCCUCCGCCUCCUCCGCCGGAGCGGGAGCCCUGGCGGUGGGCGGGGGCGCGGACGCCAAGGCCGGAGGGGAGCCCGACAGCAGGCCCCGGGACAAGAAGGAGCUCCUCAGCAAGGUGGUGAUUCGCCGCCUCCCUCCCAGCCUAACCAAGGAGCAGCUUGAAGAACAUCUCCAGCCUUUGCCGGAACACGACUACUUUGAGUUCUUUGCUAAUGACACCAGUUUGUACCCUCACAUGUUUUCCAGAGCAUACAUCAACUUUAAAAACCAAGAAGACAUAGUUCUGUUCAGGGAUCGCUUUGAUGGUUAUGUUUUUGUUGAUCACAAAGGUCUGGAAUAUCCUGCCAUAGUGGAAUUUGCACCAUUUCAAAAGGCUGCCAAAAAAAAGAGUAAGAAAAAGGACGCCAAAGCCGGGACCAUUGACGAUGAUCCAGAGUACAAAAAGUUCUUAGAAAGCUACAGUGCAGACGAUGAGAAGUUGACAUCCACCCCUGAGACGUUACUAGAAGAAAUAGAGGCCAAAAACAAAGAAUUAAUAGCCAAAAAGACAACUCCUCUACUGAACUUCUUGAAGAAUAAGCAGAGGAUUAGAGAAGAAAAACGAGAGGAGAGGAGGAGGAGAGAAAUAGAGAGGAAACGACAAAGGGAAGAAGAAAGGAGGAAAUGGAAAGAAGAGGAAAGGAGGAAAAGGAAGGAGGCUGAAAAAACCAAAAAAGUGGAAAGGUGCCCAGAGAAAGAAAGGGACCGAUCCAAGGACGAGCCGAAAAUUAAGCUACUUAAGAAGCCGGAGAAAGACGAGAGAGACUUUGAAAAAAAGGAAAAGGCCAAGAGGCUGGAGAGAGAAAGCCUGCGGGAGGACAAGGUGGCCAGCCCAAGCGUUGGCAGCGUCCAGGCCAAGCGCUCUGAUGGCGAAGCCAAAGAGGAAAAGGCCAAGAAAUUAGUGUUUUCUUCCCAAUUGGAGGACGACUAUGGGAAAGACUACCGGGAGAGAGAAUACGACCGAGAGUACGAGCGAAUCCAGCGAGAUAAAUUUCGGCGCCAAGAUGACGAGCGGCGGAGGCAGAAAGACCGCUUUGAGAAAGAGAGAGUUUUCAGGAGAAAAGAUGAUGAUAUGAAAAAGGAGAGAGACUCCUUGCGGGAGAAAGGGAAAAGAGCCGAAUUGUCAGACUACAUGGGCAAUGCAGAGAAGGCCAGCAAAGAGGAUAAGAAAGAAGAAAUGGCCAAGAGGGACCGCAUUAGAAACAAGGACCGCCCAGCUAUGCAACUCUACCAGCCUGGGGCGCGGAGCCGUAGCCGGCUGUCGGCAUACGAUGAAAGCCCCGCGAAGUCCCCUGACCAAGGAGCCGAGAAGAAGCCCGAGAGCGAGGCCGGCAACGCAAAGGAGGCCGAGUGAUGUCCCCCACCCGCCCGCCUCUUCUCUCUCACCUGCAAGCCAAAGAGCAUGAACCGUGCAGUCCAGAAGUGCCUUGGAAGAGAAGGAAGGAAGGAAGGAAUACAGGGAGCCAUGACGGGUGCCAUCUAUCUGGCUUCAGAGUCUCAAUGCAGAGUCACACCCCAAUGCUUGUCUUGUCUCUGUCGAAUGGAGGAGUGGGGGGCAGCAAAAGGACAAGGGGAAGGAGACUCCCCCUUUUGCGGAAGGCUUUGACGCUCUAAAAUAAGUUGGAGGGUGCUCAAGGUGGUGCCACAAGUUCUGUCUUUUCAGAGAAAAAGCCACAAAUGAGUAUUUGCACUUAAAUUGCCACCACUUUGGCGCCUCGUUGGAUGGCAGUGCGUCAUGUGCCGAAGGGAGGCGCAACAGUUUUGUAGAGUUGAGACAGUUUACUAUGCAAGUGUGGGGGACACCUAUGGGGUUUUUUUCCAUUCAAAAUGGGUGAGGCUGGAAUGAAAUAGCUAAGCUUUAAGCUGGAUAUCAAGAGAGGAUGUUCCGAGCAACAUCUCCCCAUGUAACAUCAUUUAUUUUCAAGGGAAUCUAUAGCUGAUUGUUGUCCCUGCUUGUUUUUCUCUUAUUCUUUUCCUAAUGCUCUACUUCUGUUGUGCAUUACAUUCCUUGACGCAUUAAUGCAGCCUUCCCAGCUCUGGCCCUUGGAUGUAGCAGACUCUAAAGCCCAUCCCCUCAUCUUUGCAUCUAGAAUAAAGCUACUGGCAUUGUAGUCCAGAACGUUUGAGGAAAGUGGCAGCAGGACAGGCAGGAGUGAUGCAGCCCUUCACUUUCCUUGGACAUUAAAGCUCCCAGCAAUCAUUGGUGGAGCAUGCUGGGAGUUGGAUGGACAGUUGUGUGAUUCUUACCUUUGUAUUACUAACUAGAGUAUCCAGAAAGAAGUAUUGUAGCUCUUCCUGUUAAUACAACACAGCUAUUUUGUACUAAAUAAAAGUUGAGAUGCCAUUUAAAAA